AUGACAAUAAUGUCAACAAUAAUAUUAGAAAAUUUUCAAGAUCAAUCAAAUUUAGCAAUAGUUCAUAAAAUUUUGACAAAAUUAUUUUUAAUAUUUCCACAUUAUUUUCUUGGACGAGGUUUAUUUGAUUUUGAGUAUAAUUUAUUAAGAGAAUUUCCGCAUUAUUUUCACAUAUCACCAUUUCAAUUUGAUAUCGUUGGUCGAAAAGUAAUGUAUUUAUCUAUUGAAGGUUUUGUCUUUUUUAUAUUUGCAAUACUUGUUCACUAUCGAUUUUUUUUUCUUGAUCGUGGUAGUAUUCGUAUACCAAAAGAUUUAAUAUCACCAAAUGAAGAUGAUGAUUUAGCUACAGAACGACGAAGAAUUUAUUUGGAUCAUGAUAAUAUAAGUGGUAAUACUUUACCUGUUAACCAAGGUGAAUGUUUUGGUUUAUUAGGUAUUAAUGGUUCAGGAAAAUCAACAUCAUUUAAAAUUGUUAUUCAACAAUUAGAUGCUGUUCAUCCAAAUUUAGGUUAUUGUUCACAGUUUGAUGUACUUGAUUCUUUAUUAACAGCACGCGAACAUCUUUAUCUUCAUGCUUGUUUACGUGGAAUUAAAAGAAAAGGAAUAUUUCAUUUAAAAAUUAAUGGAAUUACUGAAUGUUUAUUAAAACACCUUGGUCUUCCACUUUGGGGUGAUCGACCUAUAAAACAAUAUUCUAAUGGUAAUAAACGUAAAUUAUUAACAGCUAUUUCAUUGAUAGGUAACCCAUCCAUAAUCUUUAUGGAUAAACCAACAACUGGAAUGGAUGCAUGUGCAAAAAGAUUUCUAUGGAAUUGUAUAUUAACAUUAACUCGUAAAGAUCAUAAAUCAGUUAUAAUAACAUUCCAUCCAAUGGAAGAAGGUCCUGCUAUAAUGGUUAGUGGAGAAUUCAAAUGUCUUGGUAGCGUACAAUGUUUAAAAACAAAUAUACUUGUUCGAUCAGAUAUUAAUAGUGAUACGAAAAAUAUUAUUAAUUAUAUAAAAGAACGAAUAGCAAAAGCUGAUGUAAAAGAAGAACAUAAUAAAAUGAUACAUUUUUGUGUAUCAACAAAUGUUCCAUUAUAUAAAUUGUUUGCCGUUUUAGAAAAAGCACGAGAAGAAUUAGGAAAUAUAAUUGAAGAUUAUACAGUUACACAAGUAACACUUGAUGAUAUAUUUGUUAAUUUUGCUAAAAUACAAGAAAAUCAAUUAUCAGAAAACUUUAAUGUUAAUAAUGAAAACAUUUAUUUUAAAAGGAACUUUUUAUAUGAAUUAUUUUAUAGAAAAGAUAAAAAUAUUAUUGGUAAGUGA